UUUGAUCUUACCUGUUCCUCGAUCCAGCCGCGCGCUGUCUUCCCGGCUUCUGUAAUGGCGCUCGGCAUGGCAGCCGGGUGCCCAGUGCGCAUGAGCAAGAAGCACUUGCGCUUUGUGAUUGGUCCGGCGGCUUCUGGGAUCUGUCAUGUGUCCCAGGUACCGCCUUACCAAUCACAAAGCGCAAGUGCUUCUCGCUCAUGCGCACUGGGCACCCGGCUGUCAUGCCGAGCGCCAUUACAGAAGACGGGAAGACAGCGCGCGGCCGGAUCGAGGAACAGGUAAGAUCAGGUACCUGUCAAAUUCAGGUACCCGCUCCCCACCUCCCCAAAGGUCAGCAGUCAUCUGU